UGGUCGUGCCAGGCACCGCCGAGAUGUUGCCUAAAGUUCUCCUGAUGCUUCUCAACAUGUUCCUGGCCCUUCAGUGGAGGGUUGGACCUCAUGUUAAUCUGGAGAAUAAACCCCCUGCCCAAGAUAAGGUAGUAUUCGGCCCUCAGCCUCAGCCUGUGCCACAGCCUCUGACUCCGCCUGAAUCUCCUGCUGGAGAUGCUGUCGUCUUCGGCACUCAGCCCCAGCCCCAGGUGGAAUCCCCUGGCCAUGAUGAUGUAGUCUUUAGUUCCCAGCCCCAGCCUAUGCCUCAGCCCCAGCCAAUGCCUGAGCCCCAGCCUCAGCCAGAGCCUGAGCCCCAGCCGCAGCCGCAGCCGCAGCCACAGCCACUGGCUGGGCGCCAGCCUCUGCCCCAGCCCCUGCCUUGGCCCAUGCCUCAGCCCCAGCCAGAGCCAGAGCCUGAGCCGGAGCCGGAGCCGGAGCCGGAGCCGGAGCCCCAGCCAGAACCUGAGCCGGAGCCGCAGCCUCAGCCAGAGCCCGAGCCAGAGCCUCAGCCGGAGCCGGAGCCAGAGCCGGAGCCGGAGCCGGAGCCGGAGCCGGAGCCGGAGCCCGAGCCACAACCACAGCCGGAGCCCAAGCCCGAGCCGGAGCCCGAGCCGAAGCCCGAGCCGGAGCCCGAGCCGGAGCCCGAGCCGGAGCCCGAGCCGGAGCCCGAGCCCGAGCCCGAGCCCGAGCCCGAGCCGGAGUCAGAGCUGGACCUGGAGCCGGAACCGGAGCCCCAGCCCCAGCCCCAGCCCCAGCCCCAGCCCCCGCCCCAGCCCCAACCCCAACCCCAACCCCAGCCUGAACCUGAGCCGGAGCCAGAGCUGAAAUCAGAGCCCCAGUCCCAGCGGGAGCCUCAACCUAGUGGAAAGAAGCUUCCAGCAAAAGAAACAGAACUCACUGCUGAUUGCAUGACUGAACGCCCAGGUGGGAAACUGACAAGAGCUUCUCGAAUCCUUAACACCAUCCUGAGCAACUAUGACCAUAAACUGCGCCCCGGCAUUGGAGAGAAGCCUACUGUGGUCACUGUUGAAGUCUUUGUCAACAGCCUUGGGCCUAUUUCCAUCCCAGACAUGGAAUAUUCCAUUGACAUCAUCUUCUACCAGACCUGGUAUGAUGAGCGUCUUCGUUACAAUGACACCUUUGAAACCCUUAUUCUGCAUGGCAACGUGGUGAGCCAGUUGUGGAUCCCGGAUACCUUUUUUAGGAAUUCUAAGAGGACCCAAGAGUAUGAUAUCACCAUACCUAACCAGAUGGCUCUCAUCCACAAGGAUGGAAAGGUGUUGUACUCAGUUAGGAUGACCAUUGAUGCAAGAUGCUCACUCCACAUGCUCAAUUUUCCAAUGGAUUCUCACUCUUGCCCUCUGUCUUUCUCUAGCUUUUCCUAUGAUGACAGUGAAAUGAUCUACAAGUGGGAGAAUUUCCAGCUCGAAAUCAAUGCGAAGAACACUUGGAAGCUAUUGGAAUUUGAUUUCACAGGAGUGAACAAUAAAACUGAAAUCAUCUCUACCCCAUUUGGUGACUUCAUGGUCAUGACAUUCUUCUUCAAUGUAAGCAGGCGGUUUGGCUUCAUUGUCUUUCAAAACUAUGUUCCUUCUUCUGUCACCACAAUGCUCUCCUGGGUCUCCUUCUGGAUCAAGAUAGAAGCUGCUGCUGCCAGGGCCUCUGUAGGGGUCAGCUCUGUGCUCACCAUGGCCACGCUGGGUACCUUAUCCUGUAAGAAUUUCCCUCGUGCCUCCUAUCUCACAGCUUUGGACUUCUAUAUUGCAAUUUGUUUCGUCUUGUGCUUCUGCACUCUGCUAGAGUUUGCUGUGCUCAACUUCCUGACCUACAAUAAUAUUAAACGACAGGCUUCUCUAAAGUUCUACCAACUUCCAACCAAUAGCCGUGCUAAUGCGCGUACUCGUGCUCGUGCACGCACCCGCGCUCGUGCUCGUGCCCGUGCACGCCAGCAGCAGGAAGUGUUUGUGUGUGAGAUUGUCACCUAUGAGGAAAAUGCUGAAGAGGGGUAUCAGUGGUCUCCAAGAUCAAGAAGACCUCAGUGUCCCUGGAGGCGGUGUGGCAGAAGCUAUGUGUGCUUCAGGGUUCUCAGGAAGUAUUUCUGCAUGGCUCCUGGUUGUGAGGGAGGCAGCUGGCAGAGGGGCCGCAUCUGCAUCCAUGUUUAUCGCCUAGAUAAUUAUUCGCGGGUGCUUUUCCCCAUUACAUUCUUCUUCUUUAAUGUACUCUACUGGCUGAUUUGCCUUAACCUGUAGGCUCCAGCAACCACCUCAGUUCCCCAUGAGGUCCUAAGCCCCUUUGCCAAGGGAGUUGAGAGACAAUAGCAACAGCAGCAAGCCUGAGGAGAGUUUGUCUCUGCUGGUCCUCCUUCUGUUGGCCCCUUCACUCAAUCUUCUCAACAGCACUUCUCAAGUAACAGCUCACCUCUCUAUUCUUCAAAGAGUAUCCAUGAUGUUCAGAGUGCCCACAUUUGAGCAGAUAAGCUAUCUCUCAUUUGUGUUUACAGCUGUUUUCCCCAGGAGGUUAUGGUUCCAUUUGUGGUGCUAAGGGGCCCAGCUCAGGCUCAGUCCUAGAAUGCACAGAGCAACAGUAUAGCAGAAGGAGGGUCCUCAUCCUUAAGUCUUAUAGUCAGACUAUUUGAUAUUUUUCUCCCUGCCCUCUCU